ACAAAUAGAAAGGCAAAAGUUAAGUGGUGCUUCAACUGACAGGAGUAUUUUGUCUCACUGGCUUCUUUCACUGAGAAAAAUCACUUUUCCAGCCAAGGUGUGGUAGACACUGGUGUUGGUAAAAGGUCUUUUGGAGCAUGUUGUGAGCGGUAAUGCACUUUGUACCGGCACUGGUACUCAGCAGUGCCAUAGGGCCCCCUGACUACCCUACCAGAGAUCUGCCAGCAAGGAAGAGAGCAAACAGCACAAGUGUCACCUGCACUGCGCCACAUGGUGACAGCACUUGCAGGGCUGAGACAGGCUGAGAACUGCAGAGGCAACGGAAAAUACCAAGUGAGCAUUAUUGGUCCAUGACAGAGGUGACAAAACCUGCAACUGGAUAGAAGAAGGGGGCCAUAAGCAGCUGCAAGAGCCUAGAGGGUGGCUGAUGGGGAGCUGAGGUGCAGAUAAGAGAAGCAAGAGGAUCCUGACCCAGUGCUGCCCAAGAAUCAGACAGGGACCUGAGAGCCACACCAGGAGACAUGUAAGUUCUCCACAGAUAACACUUCAUUGUAGCUUUGCCUACUGGUAGCUGCUGUUGAGUUGCUCGGGUGUAUCCUGGUGAACUGCUGAUCACAGCCAGCUGCGUUGUGCCUGGGUAAACAGUUUGUCACUCCCUUGAAGCUUCACUGGGCUGAUGAGAGACAUAGCUGCCCUCAUCUGGCGACCACAGCACCAAGCUGUGUAUGGGAAGCAUCAGACUGGAGAAAUGCUAUGAGCUGAGUUCCCUCCAGGCUUGAUUUUGGCUGCUCAUCGUUAAUACCGGCAGUGAUUGCCCUGAAAUAGACAACAGGAGUGAGCAGACAACACUUGAGGAUGAUGCAAAGUGAAGUGUUUUCUAUACAGUGGUGAAACUAUCACAACCCAGAAGCUGAAUGACUUUGAAAACUAAAGUACUAACAAGGACCAUGACAUGAAAAUGAUGGCAAUUGGGGAUCAACGAUCUGGAUGUACUAAUAGGUCAGUAACUACUUGUCAGUAACUACUUAUCAGUAUCCACCAAGAAGCAGCCACAAGAAAGGCAAAAGCAGUCCCUGGAAGCUCAGGAGAAGUAUGUAAGCUAAGCUUUAUACUGACUAUACACUGGCAAGGAAUUAAUCUCAAAGGCUGGUUUGCAAUGCGCAGGCAAAAAAUGCAGAAAUAUUCCUGAAUCUGCUCUAAGGUGACUUGGACAGUGGGAAGGGGAAACGCGCUUGCCCAAGACAGCAAUUCAAGGUACUAACACACAGUGGGACCUUUGAGCUUGUUGAUCAACUUGUCUGAGCUCUUCUUGUAAAUGGGUUGCAAUGGACAGCCAAGGAGCAGACCCUGGCCAGCAGGCACCUGCAAGCACAGAGCAGUCAUAAAGUCAGCAGGUCACAGGGUCACAGUGCCACGCUUUCUCAGAAUUGGUGGCUGAUGAGAACUAUGGAAGAUGAGAGAAUUAUCAUGAUUCAGAGUGAAACCCAGUUAUAAUAAUCACAAAACUGUCUGCAAACCACGGCCCUCACUUCUCCAACAGCUCAGUGAAUGGGUCUGGGGGCCUACCGGGGCUGCUCUGUCCUGGGGCUCGGCAGUGUGACAGCAGGCAGCAGUCCCUGCCCCAGCCCCAGCAGGAGUGACAGUCUAGAAGGCAGAGAGAAGACCUCAGAACCCUCCAGGGUCCCCUCUAAGCAAUGCAUACAGCCUGUUGGGCGAGGAAGGUCAACGGCCAUUGCCUAGUCAGACAUCAGGCACUGGAAAGGAAAUCAACGGAAAAACACAAAGCCAUUCCAUCGCCGGAGCGACUGCUGCAGGGCUAUUACAGGCUCUUCAGUCAACAGGGGGUGUUACCAGCCAUGCCAGUACUGACAGAGGAAGCUCAACCCCGGGGAAAUGCAUUGAGGAGGGGUGGGGGUGCUUUCUCCACCAGUGUUGCUGGUGCCACCGGCAAAUGGUCAUCACAGGACACCUCGCUGGUCACAGCACUAGGAGGGCUCAUCGUGACUGCAUGCCACACCGCACAGGUCUGGAGGAACAUUUACUCUCUCUGAGGACGGCGCGCAAGCAGGAACUGUGCAUCUUAAUACUCCCAAAAUGAACCUCAGCAGCUGCAAUAUCACAGCCUAUGAAAUCUUUCCACUUGUCCAGCUGUGUGUUUACAUCCCAGUUUUGGUUUUCGGCAUUUUACUGAACGUGCUGGCGCUGUGGGUGUUCUGCUGCAAACUCAGCAAAUGGACAGAAACCAGAGUAUACAUGGUCAACUUGGCUGUGGCUGACUGCUUCCUGCUCUUUACUUUGCCUUUUAAAACUUUCUCCCAGUUCCAUCAGCUGAAGGUAAGUAGAUGGUGCCUGGUUCUGGAAGGUGGCUAUUUCAUAAACCGCUUAAUGAGCAUCAGUAUCAUCACUGUCGUAGCAGCUGAUAGGUACCUCGCAAUCAAGUACCCUUUGAAAGCCAAGGUGCUGAGGUCACCGCUGAAGGCAGCUUUUGCCUCUGGAUUUCUUUGGAUAGUAAUCAUCUGUGUGAUGUCCCUCAUUAAAAAGUUAGAGGACCGAGGAGAAGAUGAACUUUGCUUUGAAAAAUCUUCCGUUAAGCCCUCAGUGAUCACACUGUGUGCGAUUAUCAUAGGGUUUUUCAUACCUUUGAUCAUCCUGAGUUAUUGCUCCAUACAAGUCAUUGCAGAACUCAUGAGAAAGAAGAAUGAGAAGUGUCACAAGGAAAAGUUAAUCAGGAAGGCGGUCUACAUCGUGUCUGCAAACAUGGCUGUGUUCAUCAUAUGCUUUUUACCUCUUUACCUCGGGCAUCUCCUUCGCUUUGUAAUGGACUCCAUCAGCUCCAACUGCUCUGCAAUACAGAGGGUUAAUAAUUUUGUUCACCUGGCCUCAGUCUUCGCCAACACAAACUGCUGCCUCGAUGCUAUUUGUUACUACUUCGUCAACAAGGAAUUUAAGGAAGCAUCUCCCAAGCUAGCAAAGUCCAAAUCUGAAGCCAGUGAAGAAGCUGAAAUUCAGCUCCCAUGCAUAACAUAUUAGUGCGAAACACAUGCAGCACACGUUUUAUACUUGCUCUGUUCAAGUUAAACUGGGACUCACUAUGUUCAAGUUAAACUGGGACUCAAUAGCAGGCUUUCGCAGUUUCUUUUUGUGUGAGUGGGAUGGAAGGACUUUCUGCUAAUGGGAAGGAUUCAGACACGAGAAAAUUGGACCACCACAGCAGUCCAGAUCCUGCUGUAAUGACCUAGGUUGCCACUGAUAAUUCUCUGCCUUAUGCAAAUUUGAGAAAAAUUAUAGCUUUCCCCUGCAAAAACUGUCUUUCAUUUUCCCAGAAAACCCCGAACAAGUACAUCCAGUGGUAAAGGGGUUUUUUUUGUCCCUCGCCUCCCUCUUGGAUCAGUUUUUAUGCAGCUGUAGCUGUGACAAAGAAACAGAGGUUAUUCCAAACAUCAAAAAAGAAAAAAAGUCAAAGAGAAACCCCAGCAGAAAAAGAGAGUAUUUUUGUAAGUCACAUCUUGUAUUUUAGUUAGUAACAAUGCACAAUCACAGUAAGAGAAGCAGAUUCAGCCUGCUUUAGACAACUUUGCAGCACCAUUCAUACUACGUAACAGCUACAAAAUAAUCAUCAAUUGUAAUACAAGGUCAGAAGAAAUUGCAAUUCCUUGUACUGGGGAAAAACUUUACAUCAAAAGUGUUUAAGUCAAAUGGCAUUAAAACUACUAUCCAGAGAGUUGAGGUGGGGCAGUGGGAUUAAGGACUCUGUAUUAGGGGUCUAUUCAACCCUAUAAUGUAAAGGACUGUCUAAAGAAAACAGCAGCAAACUGUU